AUGCCUCUCCCUCCCCUUGACUACAGCUCCUUCCCCCACAUCCUCGACACUGUCGUCGAGUUUAGCACCCUCGGCCCGCGCCUCAACCUCGGCAAGCUGAACAGCCGCUUCCGCACCAUGGCCCACAAGCUCGUCCAGGGCGCCACGCUUCUCCAUGACCGCCUGAUUGCGACCGACGGCACCGUGGUCUACUUCCACGAAGACUCUCUAGUGACCAUGUCACUCCUCUACUCCAUGGCGAAGUCGCUGAAGCUCUGCGGCCCGUCCUACGUCCUCCCGGACCCGACCGUGCCCAAGGCGACGCUGGAGUGGCUCGGAAUGCGGCCCGACUCGAACAACGAGUACGAGGGUGGCCGCGCCAACGCUUCCUGGCCCGACCACGUCAACUUCCACAACCUCGCCGUCUUCGUCGAGAUGCAGCUCUGGGAAGACGACAACGGUAACACCGCUCCCCCGCUCACCAUCGGCGUCUCCCCCGCCACACGCAAGGUCACGAUCUGUGUCAACUAUGAGGCUGCGCCGUCCGGGUUCCUCCACACCCCCACUCUGUGGCUAAAGAACAUGGCCACCACGUACCCACCCAACUGGCAUCCGAUCAUGGCAAGCAGGAACAUCUUCCAGCUCAACCACUUCCGCCAGACCACCCAGACACUGGACGAGGUCGUCCUCAUCGUUGAGGGCCACACGAACCACCUCUACAACCCCUUCGAGCUGUUCCUACUCCUCCAGCCCAUCUUCUCCUCCCCCGUCGCCUUCAACCGGUUCAUUCUGGUCUGUGACGGUGACGCUGUUGCGCACCUUCUCGACCCCUCCGAGCCCAACUACUUCACCAAGUACCUGGGUCGCACCUCCAACCAUGUGAUCAGCAUGCUCGACGAGACCCGCACGAUUGACAACAUCGUGUGCACCCGGGACCAGUACCGCAGCCUCGUCGGUGACGAGGCGUACGCCCGUGCGACUCAGAUGCACGACAUCUGA